AUGUUGUUCUUUUAUAACAGUAUAAACGUAGAAGCUGAGGCAAAGCAGGAAUUGAAAAGACAUCGUAGGAAUCUUCGAUAUAAUACCGAUCCUCUUGCUUUAACGGAUACAGCGUACGUAAAUAAAUUGAUAACUGUUUUGCUAACGUUAUCAUCUGAUUGUCGUUAUCUUCGUUGGCAAUUACAUUACAGAUUUGUUAACAACUUUAGGAUAUCGAAAUCUAUUUUCAUGGAUUUGCUUGAUGGUAUUGAUUCUUCGGUAGACACUCGCAGAGCGCAUGGAAUAUCAAAAAAAGAGAAGUUGACGGCAUGUAUAAUAUUCUUCGCAUCUGGGAGAUAUCAGCAUGGCGUAGGAAAAGAUUUCCAUGUCGCAAUGGCUCCGACAACUUUUAGUAAAGUUUUGAGAAGAACUUUACGACCACUCCACUCAUUAGUUGGGGAUUGGAUAAAUUUGCGAAUGACUCAAUCAGAAAGACAGGAAGCUAAAGAAUAUUUCUUCUUGAAAAGCGGUAUUGAGAACGUCGUGAUGUGCGUAGAUGGAACGCACGUUAAAAUUAAAAAACCGCAAGAACGUCCGCUUACUUUCCUGAAUAGGAAAUCAUUUUACAGCAUUAACACAUUGAUUGUGUGUGACCAUAAAACACGCAUACGAGCCGUUGAUGCACGAUUUGCUGGAUCACAUCACUAUGCGCACAUAUGGCGAGUGAGCAUUGUGCGCAAAUAUUUCCAACGAUUGCACAGAAGCGGGCAAAGGGAUAAGAUUUUGGGGGAUGCUGGGUAUCCAUCAGAACCGUGGCUAGUAAGACCGCACAGAGACCCAGACGAAGGAUCCGCCGAGGCAGAAUUUAACAAAAAAUACUCUUCUGGUCGGAUGAUUGUAGAACAGACAAUAGGCGUUUGGAAAUCCCGGUUUCGAUGUCUCGCUGGGACAGACAGAGCACUAAACUACGAUCCUAAAAGAAGUGGUCUAAUUAUUAACACAUGUUGUGCGUUGCAUAACAUCUGUAUUGAAAAUAAUAUAGAGUGGCAACAAACUUUCACAGAUUUAUUAGAAGACAUUUGACAAAAAUAAAUGCUAUUUUAUGCGCAAAAA